CCUCCCUGCUCUGACGCGCGCAGCCCUUUGGCGAUACUUUCACGCGAGACGCUUGCCGUCAAAGCAGCGCACUUCUGUAAGCAUUCCCUUCAGUUCGGACCCACGUUCUUUGCUGCCAGUCGCUGGCUGCUUCCAGAAAGUAGCGGGCCAGUUUCUUCCUUCUUGUCUCUGCGGUAUUUCCCUCCUCCCUCUUCUUCCCCUUUUUCCUUAAAGUCGUGCACUUUGCCAGUAUAUCAGACCCUCGCGGCCUUGUUUUCUAAGUCUAGCCCUUAUACUUACACGAGACAGCCCGAAGUGACUUAAUAAACUUAACAGCAGCGCAGGGAUGUCGUCAUCCCUGCGCUAGCCUGUGAUACAUGACUACAUGAAGGUGGAGCCACAGAGUGCUCCAGGUUACAGCUUCCAAGCGAGUAGAGGAGUAUCGACCACUACAAGUAAACCAACAGAAUCCGCACCAGACGGUAUCCAUGACAACUAGGUGGACGCCGGCAACGAACUUGUAGCACCAGUUGAUACUCCACUAUUACCCGAUCCGAGUAAGGCAUCAGCGGAUGAUCUGCUUGCAGUCGUUGCAAACACGAGCUGCAUUCCCUUUCCGGGUUGUUCUAGCCGAACGAUCGGCUUGUGCUACAACACAGCGGACGCGAAUGAAACUUUUGCGCGCGUUGCUGGGCCGUCCACUUGGAUUUCUCAGCUGCCGGUUCCCUUGAUUGCACCGGAUAGUAAGAGCCUUUCUCGACCUUUUUCCUGCUAAGGAUGGCAAGGCGACAGAUUCGCGAAACUCGAGCGCAACCUUCGCAUCUAGUGACAGCGCUUUUUUAUCGGCCCGUGCCAUUGCUGCAUCUUCAACUACAUCGUCUGUUGGCCGGUACUUUCCGCCACCAGCGACAUCUUCUACGACUACGAUGUAUGCACAGUUGUCAAACAAAAUUGCGGGAUGCGUUACGUAGAAUCUCCCUGCGGACCUCUUCGACGGCAAGUGGGUUUUGAAAAGCCACUCGAAUUAUCGAGCUUUAUUGAAGACUCUCGCAGAACGCGGCAUAUUUAUAUUACGACACUCGAUCUCGAUGAGAUUCUCGCUUCUACCGAGUUUUCACGGCUCUAAACCAGAGGAACUGGUCAUCAGAAGCUUCAAAGACGUGCGCGCCGGACAUACCAUCCUGGUCAGAGAAAGCACUAUCGUUAAGGCGCGCUCCCAAAGCCAUAUCCAUGUUCGUCAUCUUCUGACUCUGAGAGGGAACUCGUAGAAUUAUGAAAAGAAAGUUGCCGCAUGUUUCUUGAAAAAAUGAAUACUCGCAAGAACGAAUAGGUAGAUUUCACGACCAGAACGACGAGUAUUUUUAUGUUUGAAUUGAUGCACGAGCACGUGCGCCUGCGACUUGCUGCUGUUGAAUCUCUAGUAUUAUAUUGAUUUCAUUUUCAAUAUGUGAACGUACAGGAACAUCUUCAUAUGUACAUACAUACUAAACAAGGCCAAGCACCUCAUUGUACUAGAAGAAGCUAGAUUUAAAUGUGAUAUAUUUUGAUAUGUUUUGGUUUUCGUUUUCCAUUUCGGCGAAAGCUUUAAUGUUGAUGGUUUUGCGCACAAGCGGAAGACCCGGAUGGUCCUUCGUGUGAAUGAUUUUUCGAAGGUGCAUGCAUCCCAUUGAACUUCCAAUCAAUUCAGGUGUGGGACUCACUUGCUUUUUAUCGAGAGAUCCCUGUGGCGGACGAUGAGUGAAACAGUGGCAGUGUCUUCUCUUAAGGCUACUAGCUACAACUUGCAAUUAUGCGGAUCCCUAUAUUUUUUUAUAGGUUCAUACUUACAUCGUCCUGAAACACAAGCAGAAUCAGAAGCUGAAGGUUCAUCCUUGUCGUCCUUGUUUCAAAAAAUGGAAAACAACAACCUAAGGACGAGUAAAGCGAUGGAUUCACCUGAAAUGGAAUUGGGCAUCGUUGGUCUAACUUGAUCAAGCGUCUGAGAUCAUGAAAGAGCGGCGCGAGGGCGUCGAAGACAUGCAGUGGCGCAAUGAAGAAUCGGAUGGUGGACGUCCGGGAGGGGUAGUACGAUCACGACAAGCCAACGGGUCUUGCAUAUUAAAUCUUGUCAUACUUGUCAGGUGUGAACAAGUUUUAAUCGUCUGGGCAGGAGCACGAGCAGCUUUCUACUGGAACUGCAGGCGUGACCAAAAUAACGCUAAAGGCAAAAGAAAUGUUAUAUCACAACAUGAUCAUGAUCAACAUCAUGAAUGAUCACAUUCUGAUUGAUUGCAGCGUCUUCUUGAUGAAGCCUAAAUUAGUCAUGUCUGUUCAUUUUGUUUUUUGGAUCCGUGCGUAAUUGUAUGUUACUUGUCCGUGUAUUACAAUGGGCGUGGAUCAAUUUUUACUUGAUGGGGAUCACGGCCGAACUCUAUCUAACAAAAUCAUGUCGUCUGCUUAACUUUAAUCGAUUAUACUUGAUAGAGUUAGAUCGUCCGUUAUAGCAACAGAUGACAGCCUAAAAAAGUCUAUGUAAUUAGUUCCCUAAAAUCUUUGCUGGAGGUAAAAACAGAACAAGUACAAAGUACUAGCAUACAUAUUCAUACUGGAAUUUUUUUUUUAACAUUUUGCGUUUUUUGGCUGUGGCUCGCAACCCCAUCAAACACAAUUCGGAGCUAUUGGUCCGGUGUCUGCUGCUGCAGGCCUAGCCGAAGGCGAAGAUGACGACAUAAGAAUGCUUUCUUCAGACUAAAGUCAAAGUGACUGAAACGCAACCUCCAUUUGUC